AAUAAAUCUACACACCCAUCCCUCCUCAGCUGAGUGAUCCAAACUUUCCCGGCCAAUAAAGAUGGCGCGCGCCACGGUUGCAAUCCUCUUCUACAUCCUCGCCGUGGCGGCCAUCAGCGAGGCGGCCCAGGCCCCAGCGGAGUUGCCGAAGGCAUCCAAGGCCACCGCGGCUGCCACUCCUGUCAAGGCGCCCGAGGCUGCCACCGCCCCGGCAUCUAGGAAGUCCGGCCCAGCUGCCGCACCAACUACCAAGAGCUCGGAGGCUGCCCCUGCACCAGCGAAUUCUGCCGCUGAAGGAGUGUCGAGCCCCCCGGAGCCAUCCACCUCCGCAGCGUCCCCCGCCGCCGACGGACCUGCUGAGGCACCGGCUGAUGCUGAGCACUCUGGUGCUGCUACCCUCGGGAGCGGUGCUACCCUCGCCGGCGUUGCUGCCGCCGCUGCUACCAUCAUCUUCUACUGAGUCACCGGAGCUGUGUCGUGUGAGCCGUUAGGGUGGACACGUACGGCGAGAGGAAGGGAAAGCUUGACUGUGCCUUAUUGCUCGUCUGGUCGGGAGGGAUCAAGUGUUUCUUUGCUUUGCUCAUUUCGUUUGCUCUUGCAACAUUAUGGGGUCAAUCGUUUCAA